UAACUAAUUGUAAAUAUUUUCUUAGCUUUGUAACGGUUUAUUAACCAUUGUUUAUUUAUAAACAAAUUGUUGUAACAAGCUAUAUUUCAAAUAAUGAAUUUACAAUAAAAUUUUGAAUUAAAACUUGCAACUAAAGAAGGAAGCUGAAAAUGGCGACUGAAGACUCUCUCAUCAAAGUAAUACCUCGAAAUGAACCGAAGGAUAUCGUCAUUGUUACAAUCAAGGAAAUUUUCAUCGCAUUUUUAAGUUCCUCCAAGUUACAAGUUCACGCAUUGGAUCUUACGGCAAUUCUGAGGAACGACUGUAGUCUCUCGAUCGCCAACGUUAGUCACGACAUCAUCAACUUGUUAAUCGACGGCUUUCUCUACUAUUGCAAGGUGUGGCCCGGCUGGGUAAGGAAAACGGAGUAUCUCAAUGGGAAAAUUGCCUUCAACGUUUGGCAUAAGCAAUUCAAAGAGUACAUCUCUUAUAAGUGCUCUGCGCUUUUGGAUAGAGCGAAGAAGCACCUACAACAGAACUCCAAUCUGAUCACUGUUGAGACACAAACGGAAGAAACAAGUACGGAUUGUUACCAAUGCCCGUAUAAAUUAGUCAUAGGAGGACAUCCUACCAUAAUUAAUAACAUCGCAAUUCUUACACGUGACGAAAACAUCUACAUCAAGCAGCACCCUAUUAAACCAUGGGCUCCACUCACAGUAGCGGAAUUUAUAAACUGGCCGUUUGUCGCUGUCGAACUGAAACUGUUGGACCUCCACAUAGAAAGAGUCAACGCUCAUAAUUUUUCACGGUACAUCACAAUUGAUCACUCUGAACUCAACAUCUCGGAUCGAGAAUUCAUAACGCACAUCAAGAAACACUCCCUGCUGGCACGAUCGUACUUCUACGUCUAUUUCCGAUUUUAUAUUGAGCAGCUUUUCGAAGUUUUAAGCAGCAUUGGGAAGAUUAGCACUGACCAUUUGUGCAAUUUGAAGAUGAUCUGCGAGCAGUUCCUGGAAGACAUAAGGGAAAUGAACAUUAACGGGGGCAGCAUGCAAACGCACACCACCGUCGGCUUUCACAUCGGCAACUUUAAAUAUUAUCGCCAGAAGCAGAUCGUCACAUCACAAAAGGACCAAGUCCAGGACAAUAAGACAAUUAUAAACUUGGUAGAGAUAAUUGUACCCGAGGUUGUUUGUACGUUACAUCACUUUCAUGCGGUACAAGACAUAUCCGUGUCAGAUACAGUUAGUUUUAAAAGUUUGAACCUGCUGACUAAGCAAAUAGCGGAUCCGUUUGAUGAAUCCAUUAAUCGUCUCGUGCAAAAAAUUCUUGAGGAUAGUGUAGUUUAUCGGUGCACUUUCUGUACUGUGGCCUUCAGUGGUGAACGCGCACUUUCAAAUUUAACGAGUCACUUCUCCGACUUGCAUAAAGUUGGCCAUCAUCUUAUAUGUAACCGUUGUGGUGGACAAUUCGAUAUGCAACAAUUGGUAACGAAAAGGUGGAAGCAUAAAUGUAUCUGAAUAUUUUAUCUGUCUUGUUAGUGGUAGCACUUCGGAAGUUUGUGUAGGUUUAAUUAUAUUUUAAGUACUUUAUAAUUCGACGAAACACUGUCCACUUACAUGUUUGCGAAAUAUUAUGUAACAUUUCUUGAAUAAAAAAUUUAUACUUGCA